AUGGCUUCCUCAUCAACAUCGAAUCAGGACUGGAAGCAAGGGCUUGUUGCCCCUCCCAAGGAUUUACGCCCUCAGACUGAGGAUGUCACCGCUACUCAAGGGUCAUCAUUCGAUGAUUUCGAUUUACGAAGAGAACUACUCAUGGGUGUUUACACUGCUGGAUUCGAAAGACCUUCCCCUAUUCAAGAACAAGCUAUCCCAAUGGGAUUGACCGGCCGAGAUAUCUUAGCUCGAGCGAAGAACGGUACAGGAAAGACCGCAUCAUUCAUCAUCCCCACACUUAAUCGAAUCAACACAAACCACUCACAUAUCCAAGCAGUACUCCUCGUCCCCACCCGAGAAUUAGCAUUACAAACAUCACAAGUAUGCAAAACACUCGGAGCUCAUAUCCCAAAUUUACAAGUCAUGGUCACAACGGGAGGAACAACGUUAAGAGAUGAUAUUUUACGAUUGCAAGAACCAGUACAUAUAUUAGUUGGUACACCUGGACGUAUUUUGGAUUUAGGUGGUAAAGGUAUAGCAGAUUUAAGGAAAUGUGGUAUAUUUGUGAUGGAUGAAGCAGACAAAUUAUUAAGCGAGGAAUUCACUCCUGUCAUAGAACAACUGUUGGCUCUCUGUCCUCAAGAAAGACAAGUCAUGCUGUUCUCAGCUACUUUCCCUUGGAACGUGAAGGAAUUUUCAGACCGACACAUGGUGCAACCAUUCGAGGUCAACUUGAUGGACGAACUGACGCUAAAAGGUGUCACACAAUAUUAUGCAUAUGUAGAGGAAAGACAGAAAGUGCACUGUCUCAAUACGCUGUUCUCCAAGCUACAAAUCAACCAAUCUAUCAUAUUCUGUAACUCAACGAACCGAGUCGAACUUCUCGCAAAGAAGAUCACUGAACUCGGCUAUUCAUGUUUCUACUCUCAUGCCAAAAUGCUUCAAGCACAUAGAAAUAGAGUGUUCCACGAUUUUAGAAAUGGAAUGACACGUAACCUGGUCUGUUCAGAUCUCUUGACUCGUGGUAUCGAUAUCCAAGCUGUGAAUGUUGUCAUCAACUUUGAUUUCCCUCGUACUGCCGAGUCAUAUCUCCAUCGAAUCGGUCGAUCCGGUCGUUUCGGUCAUCUUGGUCUUUCCAUCUCCCUUUUGACUCUCGAGGACAGACACAAUCUUUAUCGAAUUGAAUCUGAAUUGGGCACAGAAAUCGCUCCCAUCCCCGCGGAUAUCGAUCCCGUACUAUAUGUAGCUCCGUCAAUGCCUGAUGAGCCAUCACCCCCACCUCGACCGGCAGCAAUCAAAGCCGCUCAAGCACCUUCCAAGCCCGCUGUCCCCCAACAAGCAUACUCUCAGCCUCCCGUUCAACAGCAACGAAUUCCUCAAGCUGAUUCUCCUGUACCUCAACAACAACAAGAUGGUGUGACUGCUCAAAACGGUGGUCAAGAUGGUCGAGGUGGUAGACCUAACAAUGCGCCUCGAGCGCCUAAUCCUAAUGGUCGAGGUGGACCACCAGGCUCAGGAAGAGGUGGUGUGCCAGGAGGCAGGGGUGGGCGUGGUGGCGGAAGAGGUGGACGAGGAGGAGCACCAAGUCAGCCAGGUCAAAGCGGACCUGGUGCUUCACCCGCGACUAGGGCGUAG